AUGAAGAAGCAGGAAGACAGUGACAGUGACAGUGACAGACAGCAGACAGCAGACAGCAGACAGACAGAGGCACAGACAGGCAGAUACAGAGAGACACAGAGAAAGGACGGAAGAGGUGCAGAGAGUGAAAGGGACGAGAGCAGAAAGAAAGACGAGCUCUUUAAAGACGGCAAAGAGAAGAAGAGAAGAGACCUACAAUGCAGAGGCAGAUGCAGACACCAGUUGCAGAAAGAGGAAAAGGAUGGGGAUAUAGAAGAAGCAGGAGAAGCAGGAGAAGAAGAAGAGUCGAAGGUUGAAGCUCGCCAGGAUGAAGCAGCAGAAGCAAAGCAGCAGAACGAAGACAGAAGAGACGACGAAGCAGAAGAAACAGAAAGAGAAGAAGAGGGAAAGGAGCUGGUUAAGAGGAAGAAGGGUGAAAAGUGA